AUGGCAACAGCAGCACCCAACCCGUCCACUUCCUCGUCGUCCAAGCCCGAGCGAGCUCCGAUGCCCACGCGGAACCCGCUCCCUCUAUCAUCCGGCCAGGAACAGCAAGUCCGGGAACUAUACUACAAAAAAGUCCGGCGGGCAUGCGCGGAAGAGAUUCGAGAAUUCGCUACAUGCGCGCUGAACCGCACUAUCAGCGCAACAUGGGCAUGCCGGGACCAACGCCGGACCAUGAACUCCUGCAUGAUUGCCCACGCGACGCGCGAAAUGGAGGACGAGGCGCGCGAGGAAUGGUUCGCGACGAGAAUACAGCGCCAGCGAGCGCGCGAAGAAAAGGAGAAGAAGCGGAUCGAGCAGGAGAAGUUUCAUCGGGAAUGGUGGGGUCUGCCUUCCGCUGAGCAGGAAGCUCAAACGCGCGAGAAAGCCAAGACAGAAAAGGAAACGAAGAGAUAA